AUGACAUCGUCAGGACCGCACGCUAUGGUGCUAGUUAUUGGUAUUGGUAGAUUCACGAAAGAAGAACAAGACACAGUCCGGUAUUUUGUAAAUCAUUUCGGUGAGGGAAUGUUGCGAUACAUGAUAAUUCUGUUCACCAGGAAAGACGAACUUUCAAAACAAAAUCAGUCCGUCUGUGAUUACGUCAGACAAGUACCAAAGGAACUGACAUUAAUUCUUCAACAUUGUGAUAAUCGCUAUAAUGCUUUCAAUAACGACGACACCGGACAGACUAAAAAAGAUCAAGUUGUAGAAUUUUAUGACAUUAUCGAUCGUAUGCUCAUUAAUAACGGCGGGUCCUGUUAUACAAGUGAAAUAUUUCAAGAAGCAGAGCUAACUAUACAAAGAAGGAUGCAUGUGCAGAGUAAACAGUUAGAAGAACAGAAGAGAAAGGAAACGGAACAUUUAGAGGCAUAG